AUGGAAAUGCAGGAUCUAGCUAGUCCGCACAGCCGAGUAAGUGGAAGCAGCGAAUCCCCUAAUGGUCCCAACCUUGACAACUCACAUAUCAAUAACAAUUCCAUGACACCAAAUGGCACUGAAGGUGAUAACAUCACUAUGCUUACCACAGCUGACUGGUUGUUAAGUUCUAGUUCACAGUCCGCUGCAGUUAAAACAGAGCCAAUGAGCAGCAGUGAAAUCGCCACCUCUGUAGCAGACGGCUCUCUAGACAGCUUCUCAGGAUCAGCUAUUGGAACUAGUGGCUUCAGCCCAAGACAAACUCACCAGUUCUCUCCACAGAUUUACCCUUCCAACAGACCUUAUCCACAUAUUCUUCCAACUCCUUCGUCCCAAAAUAUGGCUGCAUAUGGCCAGACGCAGUACACCACAGGAAUGCAGCAAGCCGCAGCAUACGCUACCUACCCUCAGCCAGGGCAGCCCUAUGGAAUUCCAGCCUAUGGCAUCAAGACAGAGGGCGGCCUGCCACAGGCCCAGUCUCCGGGUCAGAGUGGCUUUCUGAGCUACAGCUCCAGCUUCUCCACACCACAGACGGGACAAGCACCCUACAGCUACCAGAUGCAAGGAGGCAGUUUUACAACAACAUCAGGACUGUAUGCAGGAAGCAAUUCCCUCACAAAUUCAACUGGAUUCAAUAGCACACAACAGGAUUACCCCACAUACCCAGCAUUUGGCCAAGGUCAGUACGCACAGUAUUACAACAGCUCCCCAUACACCUCCCCGUACAUGACGAGUAACAACACCAGCCCCACCACGCCCUCCACCACUGCCACCUACACCCUCCAGGAGCCCCCCUCUGGCAUCACCAGCCAAGCCCUGACGGAGCAGCCUGCAGGAGAGUACAGUACAAUCCACAGUCCAUCAACCCCCAUUAAAGAUUCAGAUUCAGAUCGAUUGCGUCGGGCCUCAGAUGGAAAGUCACGUGGCCGGGGAAGAAGGAACAAUAACCCAUCUCCGCCUCCUGACUCUGACCUUGAGCGCGUGUUCAUCUGGGACUUAGAUGAGACUAUCAUCGUUUUCCAUUCCUUGCUCACUGGGUCUUAUGCCAACAGAUUUGGAAGGGAUCCUCCGACGUCUGUGUCAUUAGGACUGCGGAUGGAAGAGAUGAUUUUCAACUUGGCCGACACACACUUAUUCUUCAAUGACUUAGAAGAAUGUGACCAGGUCCAUAUUGAUGACGUGUCCUCAGAUGACAAUGGCCAGGAUCUGAGCACAUAUAACUUUAGCACGGAUGGGUUCCACGCUGCAGCCACCAGUGCCAACUUGUGCCUGGCCACAGGCGUGAGAGGAGGUGUGGACUGGAUGAGAAAGCUUGCCUUCCGUUACAGACGAGUAAAAGAAAUUUACACCACCUACAAAAAUAAUGUUGGAGGUCUGCUUGGGCCGGCCAAAAGGGAAGCCUGGUUGCAAUUGCGAGCAGAAAUUGAAGCCUUGACAGACUCCUGGUUAACACUGGCACUAAAAGCACUAACAUUAAUCCACUCAAGGUCAAACUGUGUGAACAUCUUAGUGACCACGACACAGCUCAUACCUGCCCUCGCGAAGGUCCUUCUCUAUGGACUGGGAAUAGUUUUUCCAAUUGAAAAUAUUUAUAGCGCGACAAAAAUAGGGAAGGAGAGCUGCUUUGAGAGAGUAAUUCAGAGGUUCGGGAGGAAAGUUGUUUACAUUGUGGUGGGUGACGGAGUGGAAGAGGAGCAGGGCUCAAAAAAGCACAACAUGCCUUUCUGGAGGAUCUCCAGCCACUCAGACCUCAUGGCUCUUCACCACGCUCUUGACCUGGAGUACUUGUAG